GUGGGAAGUCAAAAGUUCUUAUCAUUACAGGACUUACAAUUUUACUUGAAUAUGGCCAACGUUGUAUACGAUCGUAAAGCUUUGCUCAGAACAGUAUCUACUUUUCCUUUAAUUGACAAUCAUUGUCAUAAUCUUUUAACGUCUGAUGCAUCAUUGAUUUGUCCAUUGGAAGUAUGCUUUUCAAAGGCUCGUGGUGAUGCGCUAAAAGAUGCGUCUCAAACUAGUGCCUUGAAACGAGGCGUACGCCAGCUUGCUGAAGUUUAUAAUUGUACACCAACUUUAGAUAAUAUCAAACAAGUGAGAGAUCUAAUGUCACAUAUUGAUAUAUGCAAAACUUGCUUUAAACCUACUGGCAUCCAGUCCUUGCUUUUGGAUGAUGGACUUGAUGCGUUAAGUGGUCUUAUGGACAUGCAAAAUCAUGUAGGAUUGGUUGACGUAGCGCGAAGAAUCGUGAGAAUCGAAAGUAUUGCGGAGAAGAUCUUGUAUGACUUGGCAACAUCUGUAGCUUGUACAGAUCAAAAAACGCCGAAUUUUGCUGCAUUUGAAGAACCAUUGAAAAAGCAACUUGAAACCUAUGCAAAAUCUGAAUCAGUGGUGGCCUUCAAAAGUAUUGCUGCUUAUAGGUCAGGAUUGAAUAUCGAUUAUAUACCAAAUGCUGAAGCUGCUGCAGUUGCUUUGGGAAACUUAAUUACAUAUUUUGAAUCAUUACCUGAUAAGAAGGGAUCUGUUAUACUUGCUAAUAAAGUUCUAAUUGAUUAUAUAUUGAACUUGGCAAUUGAUAUCGCAGUUCAGCACGAUAUUCCUAUCCAAUUUAAUACAGGCACGCUAUAUAAAUAUUUAAGAAUAUUUUUAUGUCAUAUACUUGUUCGAACGUUUUCAAACCAAACAACUGUAUCUUUACGAUUACUAUUUGUACCCCUUCCAUUAAGACCUUUGAUUGAAAAAUAUCCCAAUGCAAAAUUUGUUCUUCUACACUCAGCGUAUCCUUAUUCCCGUCAGGCGGGAUAUCUUGCUUCAGUAUAUUCCAAUGUGUAUGUUGACACAGGUCUUGUUUUUCCUUUGAUUUCCGCAUCCGGUCAACAGGCUAUUUUACGUGAGCUGUUGGAAAUUUGUCCAAGUAAUAAAAUAUUAUUUAGUACAGAUGGGCAUUACCUUCCAGAAUCUUUCUAUGUAGCUGCAAUUCAAGGAAGAGAGGCUUUAAGAAAGGUUUUAUUAGAGUCUGUAGAAAAUGGUGAAUUUUCAUAUGAAGAAGCAAUAAAAAUCGCCAAACAAAUUAUGUUCGAGAAUUCCAAUACACUAUAUAAACUCAAAUUAACUCCAAAACAGAUCAUUAAAGAAGACGUUUCAGGAGAACAAAAAGUCAUUAAAUUAAAAAAAAUGGGUGUAAAGUCUGUUCGUAUCGGCUUUAUGGAAUGUUCUAGUCAAUAUAGAUAUCAUAUCGUUCCCAUUGAUCGUUUCGAAAACUAUAUCGCUGAUAGUGGGCUGACAAUUGCUCGAGUUCUCACAGCUUUGCCUUAUUAUGGAGAUGUGGUUCCAGACAAUGCUGGUGUCAACGCAACUGGAGAAGUAUUGUUGAAACCUGACCUUAGUACACUCACACAUUUACCUUAUAUUCCUAAACAUGCAAAUGUCCAAACUUUUUUUGAAAACAAAUUUACACCGAUAGACCCUCAAUUUGGGAAGAUUGAUAAUUCACCUAAUUCUUUGGCUUUCCCUCUUUGCCCUAGAACUUGUCUUAAAAAUAUUACUGAUUCUGCUCGUAAAGAUCUUGGUAUCACUUUUUUGAUUGGAACCGAAUUUGAAUUCGUCUUACUUAAAGACACUACACCUCCGGUGCCUGUUGAUGAUACCACUUAUGCUUCAGCUAAUUCUUUUCGUAUUUCUAAUUCUGCUGAAAUUUUGGAUAAGAUCGUUGAGUCUUUACAAGAACAAGAGAUUGAAGUUGAACGAUAUCAUUCUGAAGGCGGAGGAGGACAAUUUGAAAUAGACACUGCACCAGAAAUUCCAUUAAUUGCUGCAGAUAAAGUUGUAGUGACACGUCAAACGAUAUAUGAUGUUGCUGCUCAGGCUGGUGUAAAAGCAACAUUUGUGCCUAAACUCUUUAAAGAACAAGUGGGAACUGGUGCACAUGUGCAUAUAUCUUUCAAAGAAAUCGACAAGUCCCAGAAAAUUGUUGACGAUCACCCUUCAAGACUAUCUCCAUAUGAAAGGUCAUUCAUUGCCGGGGUGCUUCAUCAUAUCAAGGCAAUUUGUGCUUUUGCAUUGCCGACAGACCUUUCCUAUACGCGCACUGUUGAUAAUUAUUGGGCCGGAUCUUGGAUCUGUUGGAGUGUUGAGAAUCGUGAAACACCAAUCAGAGUGUGUUAUAGACCAAAGAAUGGACCUAAUGGAAGAUAUCUUGAUGUUCAUUUCGAACACAAAUUUGUAGAUGGUACUUCAAAUCCGUACCUGGUCUUCUCCGCCCUUAUUGCUUCAGGAGUUGAUGGAAUCAAAAAAGGAAUGCAGCUUACCACUAACCCCAUACUCGAUAAUCCUGCUUCUCUAAGCAAUGAAGAACGUAUGAAAAAAGGUGUUACUGAGAGAAUGCCUGCAAGUCUUUCGGAUACAUUGAAAGCAUUGAAAGAGGACAAAACACUUAUCGAUGCUUUAGGUGAGCCCAUUAUACGAUGCUAUACCGCAGUAAAGGAGGUAACGUAUAUGAUAAAUACUCUGACUAGUAUUACGGGUGAACCUCUUAUCAAAAUUCGAAAUAAAAAUUCGAAAUUAGCUUCACCCGAAAUUAACUCUGAAAAAAUUAUUGAUUUAUUCUUAAAUCCUUCGAUGAAUUAUUAG